UGUCUGCCUUCCGGAGUUCGGAAGUUUAGACUGCACCGACCGAUUGCAGAGUUCACACACGUCAUAUCACCACCAAACAGGAAUAUAUAUUUUGUAUAAAUAGAACCAUGGCUACAAUGGAUGACUUUUUCUAUAAGGUGCAGCGGAAACAUCCCACCAUUCUGGACGACUUGCGAGCAGUUUUCAAAAACUCGCAAAGCGAUUCGCCGCAUCGUUCAAUAACUCUAUCCCAAAUACGUGCUGCCUACAGUCAACGAACUGGCCAGGACUUUCCCGUCAAGGGUGGCACGCGAACCCAAAUGUGUUUCGUCCUGACAAUCCCUUAUGUUGCCUGCUUCACCAGUCAAAUUGGCACCUUGCGAUUCUACACCAUCGAACUGAACCAGGAAUAGGGUGGUAUUCAACACUGAAGUCUAGUCUGACCCGUGCAAUUUCUCUAUACUCAUAUGAUGUAUAGCAAUAUUUACACAAAAUUAUUAUUCUAUGAAUAUAAAUUGAUAACAAUGAAAUAAAUGAAAUAAGCUAUGUA